GUUUUAUGCCACGAGUGGUAAACACCUAAUAAUUUUGGAAUCACUGUUCGGAGUCAACAUGUGAAAUUUCCAAUGCAAACAAAUGCAUUAGAGUUUCGACUUGCUGAGAUACAUUUCGAUGGGUAAAUUUGCUCUUUCCGUGGUAAAUCCGUGUUUAAACUUGUUAAAUGCAUCAAGACGAUCACAAUGUAUUCUACAAAGGACUUAUAGCGCAAAGCCAAAAGUUAUGACAAUACCAAGCCCUAUAACCAGUGUUCGAAACUGGGCAUUUGGAAAUAUGGUGCGCGGCUACUUUAACCAGGAGUUUAAUUUGAAAGAGUUUGUGGCUGCCUGCCCUGCUGUAAUGACGGCAAUAAUUGAUCACCUCAAUAAUGGAGAUUAUGAGGUUUUAAAUAACUUAAUGAUCAAGGAAUGUUGUGAUGAAACCAAGUCUGGUUGGGAGGUAUUGUCGGAGGAAGAUAAAGUAAAGUUUUCAUCAAGCCAAGAGGAGGAAUUCCACUUUUUCAAUCCAGUUUUAAGGAUGCGUAUGGAACAAACUGGUGAAGAUGUCCCUCAGUUAGUUGCGCAUCUAAACAUACAGCUAUCUAUGAUCUACAUGGCAAAGCUGAGAGACUUAGCUGAAGUUGCGCAACAAAAAUCUAAGGACACCGUCCAAGUUAAUGUUAGAAACUUAGUGACUGGCGGGACUGUAAAAAAAGUUGAAUUUGAAAGGGAAGUAACGAGAGAAGUUGAUGGUUCGUGGAUGGUUCUUAGUCUUGACCAGUGGCCAAGCUACUGACCACAGUUAUGUUUAUUCUUUCUAUAGGUUUUGUAUUGUUGCUAUUCGCACCAUUGGUUGCUAUUCGCACCAUUGGUUUACAACAGACCUUCUUAGACUCGUGGUCACCGAGAGUUCACCAACUUUAUACAAAGUACUAUAUAUUUAAGCCAAUCUAUUUGAAGAUGUUUUUAUUAUAUUAGAAUGAAACAGAAAUUAUAAGUGGGCAUAAUAUUUAAGUCAUUUAAACAUAGAAAUUUUACUUUCCUUCUUCGCUGCAUAGAUAAUAAGUAUUGGUUAGGAUUUGUUUACAAUGUUAUGAAAAUUGUGUGGUACAAAUUGGAAUUAUUACCUUAUAAACCGCUUGAAAAUUUUGUGCGAAUAGAAAAGUUAAGCCAAGCUGUAUGUCUUUACUAUCGUUGUGGGCGUCAAUUUAAACCAUUUUCCUAAAACUAAUUUCACACCUUACAAAAAUGAAGCCUACCCUUUCCUUGCUAUUAAUUUCUAUUUUUGUUUGAU